CUUCGGGUGCCGCCGCCGUGGCGACGUCGGGGGUCCGGGAGCUGGGCGCCCGCUGGACAUCUGCGCAGGCGGCGGAACAGGCCACUCCCUGGCCUCCUGGCAUGGCCCCGAGGACCCGCUGCUGCUCCCUCACCACCCUCCGGAGGUGGCUGCCCAUCCUGGCCUGGAUGCCCAACUACUCCCUGCAGUGGCUGAAGAUGGACUGCAUCGCUGGGCUCUCGGUCACGCUCAUGGUCAUUCCCCAGGCGCUGGCCUACGCUGAGGUUGCGGGGCUCCCUCCCCAGUUCGGCCUCUACUCCGCCUUCAUGGGGUGCUUUGUGUAUUUGUUCCUGGGCACCUCCCGGGACGUGACUCUGGGCCCCACGGCCAUCAUGUCCCUCCUGGUCGCCUCCUACACCUUCCGUGAGCCCGCCUACGCCGUGCUGCUGGCCUUCCUGUCGGGCUGCAUCCAGUUAGCCAUGAGGUUCCUGGGCCUGGGGUUCCUGCUGGACUUCAUCUCCUGCCCCGUUAUCAAAGGCUUCACCUCGGCCGCUGCCGUCACCAUCGGCUUCGGGCAGGUCAAGAACCUGCUGGGACUGCAGCACGCCCCUCGACAGUUGUUCCUGCAAGUGUACCACGUCUUCCGUGACAUCGGAAACACCAGGGUGGGCGAUGCCGUGCUGGGGCUGGUUUGCAUGCUGCUGCUGCUGCUGCUGAAACUGCUGCAGGACCACCUGCCACCUGGGCACCACGAGAUGCCCCUCGCUGCGCGGCUCAGCCACGGGCUGCUCUGGACUGUCACGACAGCUCGAAACGCCCUGGUGGUCUCCUUCGCCGCCCUGGCCGCGUACUCCUUCGACGUGACUGGAUACCAGCCCUUCGUCCUGACGGGGAAGAUCGUCGAGGGUCUCCCGUCACUGCGGACCCCUCCCUUCUCGCUGACCACUGCCAACAGGACAGCCUCCUUCACUGACAUGGUCCAGGACAUGGGGGCCGGGCUGGCCGCUGUGCCCCUGAUGGGCCUCCUGGAGAGCAUCGCAGUGGCCAAAUCCUUUGCGUCUCAGAAUAAUUACCGCAUCGACGCCAACCAGGAGCUGCUGUCCAUCGGCCUCACCAACGUUCUGGGCUCCUUCGUGUCCUCCUUCCCGGUCACCGGCAGCUUUGGACGGACGGCCGUGAACGCCCAGUCCGGGGUGUGCACCCCAGCGGGGGGCCUGGUGACAGGGGUUCUGGUGCUGCUGGCACUCGCCUACCUGACCUCGCUCUUCUACUACAUCCCCAAGGCCGCCCUGGCGGCUGUCAUCAUCACGGCCGUGGCCCCCCUGUUCGACACCAAGAUCGUCAGGGCGCUCUGGCGCGUGAAGAGGCUGGACCUGCUGCCCCUCUGCGUCACCUUCCUGUUCUGCCUCUGGGAGGUGCAGUACGGCAUCCUGGCCGGGACGCUGGUGUCCGUGCUGCUGCUGCUGCACGCCGUGGCCAGGCCGCAGAUGCAGGUGUCAGAGCGUCCGGUGUUGGUCCUGCAGCCUGCCAGUGGCCUGCACUUCCCCGCCAUCGAGGCCCUCCGGGAGGCGCUGGUGACCCAGGCUCUGCAAGCGUCCCCGCCACGCUGCGCCAUCCUGGACUGCAGCCACGUCUGCAGCGUCGACUACACUGUGGUACUGGGACUCGGGGAGCUCCUGGGGGACUUCCGCAGGCAGGGCGUCACCCUCGCCUUCGUCGGCCUGCAGGGGCCUGUCCUCCGUGUCCUGCUGUCCGCUGACCUGAAGGGUGUCCAGCACUUCCCCACCCUGGAGGAAGCAGAGAAGCACCUGAGUCAAGAACCGGGGACCCAGCCCUACAACCCCAGUGCCGGUUCCGUCCCGGGGCACAGGGUCGCCCUGCUGAAGGCCUGACUGGGCCACCGAGGGCGGCCGGCGUUUGGAGAGUCUCGCAGGAGGUUCUUGUCAUUGUGAGGCCGGAUGCCACCCUGCCAGGGGGACGAAGGGGGACUCGGACGUGGAAGCUUACUGGCGGGCCUGGCUGGCUCCUCUGGGUGAUUGAUACAUUCCCUCUGGUCUCCUGUGGAGUGAGCGCUUUAUAGAGAGUGCUUUGGAGAGAGCCUUCCAGAAAGACAGAGCGCGGGAGAGGAAGGAGCAGGGUGUCGGCCCAGCACCUUCCCAGGUUGUGGGGAGAGUCGGAGGCGUCUCCCCGGUGGCUCUGACCUCGAUGGUUUCUGUGCUGUUCGGGGAGGAACACUGAGCUGUGCCACACACAGUCUCUGCUAAAGAUAACUUGGUGCUUUUUACAUUUAAAAAAAGGGAUAACCCUGGCCGGUUUGGCUCAGCAGUUAGAGCGUCGGCCUGCGGUCCG